AUGCUCUUCAACAGCACAGACGCAGCAGUGUGGAACUCGGCCCUGGCACUCUACCCAGAAGCCUUCAAGGCCCUGGCCGCCACCAAAACCGACCAAUCCAUCAUUGCUCUCGACAAGUGGUACCAAACCGAAUUCCCUGCCAUCCUCGCCACGCGCUCACCAUGCUUUAUCAACCAUGAGGAGAUUGUUAAGCUUGUCGCCUGGAAACUCAAACGCGGAAAAUAUCGUCCGGCAUUAGCGAAAAUGGUGGCGGAACACGCCGACGCAGUCAUCCGUCGCACCAGCCAAGAAGCCUUUGAUAUCAUCUCGUCAAAAAACGACCUCAAAGCCGCCAUCUCCAAAAUGUCUGAGCUCAAAGGUGUCGGGCCCGCCACCGCCUCAGCGAUCCUAUGUGCAGGAGCACCAGACAAGGUGCCAUUUAUGGCAGACGAAUCUGUCGACUCGGUUCCAGGACUGGGCAAGAUCGCAUACACCCUCGCCUACUAUCUCAAAUUCGCCGCAAAGGUCAUCGACAAGGCUGCCCAGCUCAAGAAGGCCGGUAGUAAAGUCGACUCGCCUCACUUGGUCGAAUUGGCCCUUUGGGCUGACAUGAUGACCGAAAAGUUCAAUCUCCCUCAACACUCUUCUUCUUCUACGCCAGCUCCUACUCCUGCUAAAGCACCUGGCAACAAGAGGAAGGCGGACGAUACACCAACAGUGGCACCUUUCAAAUCCAAGGAAACCAAAGAUACCAAGGAAGAUGACUCUACCACAAACAAAAGAGCUCGCUCGACUCGUUCUUCAAACAGGAAAUAA